AUGCACGUAACGGUACUGCUGUGGUCUAAGAACGACCAGCUCGCCCGGAGCGAAGUCGUCGAGGUGUCAACAAAGACCCCUACGAUCAGGCUCACAGAUCUGCGAAUCAUCCGGGCGGUGGACGACGACGUCGCUUUUGUGAAGAUGUUCGAUGUGGAAAAUGGCACAUGGAAGGCCAUCCGCAUCGUAGAAGACGGCAUAAAGCUGCCGGGGGCAAUGUCAACGCUGUUAGUACGCGUCGGCGGCGUCACGUCGUGUCCCGAAUUCGGCGCCGAGCUGGAGGAAAUAUACCGAUCACUCGAAUUUCCUCGCUACACGCCAACCACACCGCCGACGACGCUGAUCACUCCGAUAACCAAACAGUGGCUGGUUGAGAUACGCGUGGUCUUCUGGGACAAGGUGUGUGGUUCAUCGCGACACGUCGUCAUUCGUACUAUUCCUGGAGCAACGAGCUUCGCCCAGGAUGGAAGCCUUCCGAAGGUCUUCAACAUCAGCACAACGCGUAGAUUCAAGAUUAAUUGGUCCGUUGACACCACGAUCGAGCAGUAUCUGGGCGGACGGAUGGCUGCCCAGAUGUGGUCCCUGGAGGACAUUCGAUGGGAGACCAUAGACAUGUACGCGGAAAGCCUCCUUCCACAGGAGCAGAAGAGCGUGCUCCUCAGGGGAAUCGGCGUGCAGUUCACUGUAGGGCUUGGGCGUGAGAUUGUCGCGUUGGAAGCCCAGGUCGAACGAUUCAGGGCACAGGACGAGGAGCCAUUGCUCGAUGAGGGGUUGUACGAAUACUCGCCACCCAGACGCCUCCGGCAGAAGAGGGCCGCAACACAGAGCGCGCCGGCCAUCACCCACACCGUCCCCGCGCCAGGCGGCGGCGAGCGGGGGAACGCUGCCGUGGGGCUCUCCGACGGGGAUCCUGCGAAACACGUAGCGAAUGAGGACGCUCCAUCAAGGCUGAAGCGCGAUGGGAGUGUAAAGGACUCUCGCAAGGAGGCUUUAGAGGGGAAUGAGCUGGGUAGCGGCAGCAAUGCCGCAGACCAAACAAAGGGUGCAGGCGACGGAAGCCGCGGGGGGGAUAUCGUCGGGACUAAGAGGCGAAGGGUGACAUACGCCGGCAUUCCGGAGGGGGUAGAACAGGCCCAGCGUUGGAAGAAGCGAUGCGGAAUGCCGCUGGGGGAUGUCGUCCACGAGCGGGGCGACGUGCUCCCGAGCGACCUAUUCUCGACGGAUAAGAUCCUCGGUGGCAGCGCGGACCAGCCCAUAGAUGUAGACGCGAUCUGA